CUUAUUAUUUCGGUAACUGAAAGCAGCUCACGCAGAAGUUUAGUAUGUCGUCCCUGAGUCACUCCGUUGUCGUCUGCAUCUACCUUCUCGUCUGCUACAUGGGAUUCACUUCUGGUUAUUCCGUGAAGGGCGGCGGACCAGCCUCCGAUUAUGACUUCGACCACGGCUCCUCGGGUGGCGUAUCAAACUUCGGCGAGUACGGAGGCAGCGGUACAGCUGGUCACGGUGGCAACAUACAGGGAGGAGGAUUUAACGGUGGCGUUGGAAGUGGAUUUGUAGGUUCCGCUGGAAGUGGAUUUCUGGGUCCCGCUGGAGGUGGAUUUCUGGGUCCCGCUGGAGGUGGAUUUCCGGGUUCCGGUGGACCUGGAUUCGGCCCGGUAUCCAGAGUGGGAUACCUUCCAGGUCCCGCGAUGCUUCCCUCUCUGUAUGGUCCAGCCACACUGCACGGCACAUUUUCUGCACAGUUAGUGCAGGCUCCAGUGCCAGUAGUGCCGAUUCCAGUGCCUGUGGUGCAGGUUCCAGUGCCGGUGGCUCCGGGGAAAGUCAAAGUACCUCCGGUGAAAGUCCCGCGACGGCCACAGUACAGUGGGCAGAAGCGCCCCCCAGCUCAAUUUUCGGGACAGCAUAGGGGAUGAGCUGAAUUAUCGAAGCAUGGCUGUAUAGGACUACCCCGACACAGCUGUUACUAUAUCAGUAAUACUGGAGGGCAGUCUACCGGAAGCGGAUCUAGUAAAUUCUGCGCGUCUCUCCCUUCACUUUUGGGCGUGAUCAAUAAAUUUUCACCGUUGUAAGCACAACAA